AUGGGACCACUUGGGUACUUAUCCGGGUCUUUGCUAUUGGCGAUCAUAUCAAGAUGGCUUGAAAAAAACAUUUCCCGUUCAGUUGCUAACCCAUCUGCUUUCAUCCUGUUUCCUCUUCUUGUGCACUCAUUUGACCUGGUGGUAUCGUCAAUUGGAAUUCUUUCAAUUAGGGUUACACGGGACUCCAGUGUAAAAGUUCCACUAGAGGAUCCAAUGGCAAUCCUUCAGAAAGGAUACUCUGUUACUAUAGUUUUGGCUGUUCUGAUAUUUGCUGGGUCUACUCGGUGGUUGCUUUUUACUGAACAAGCACCUUCGGCAUGGUUGAACUUUUUCUUAUGUGGGUUAGUUGGUAUUAUUACAGCAUAUGUUUUUGUCUGGAUAACCAAGUAUUACACUGACUACAAGCAUGAGCCUGUACGCACAUUAGUUCUUUCUAGCUCUACGGGACACGGGACUAACAUUAUUGCCGGAGUCAGUUUGGGCCUGGAAUCGACAGCACUUCCUGUUCUUGUGAUAAGUGUAGCUAUUAUUUCUGCUUUUUGGCUGGGUCACACCUCAGGGCUUGUGGAUGAAACAGGAAGUCCAACUGGUGGGUUGUUUGGAGCAGCUGUAGCAACAAUGGGAAUGCUUAGUACCGCAGCAUAUAUUCUAACCAUGGAUAUGUUUGGUCUGAUAGCUGAUAAUGCUGGUGGAAUUGUGGAAAUGAGUCAGCAGCCAGAGAGUGUGCGAGCGAUCACUGAUGUUCUUGAUGCUGUUGGGAACACCACAAAAGCUACAACCAAGGGUUUUGCCAUUGGAUCUGCAGCACUUGCUUCUUUUCUUCUGUUUAGUGCAUAUAUGGACGAGGUUUCAUCUUUUGCACGUGAAUCUUUUAAACAGGUUGAUAUUGCCAUUCCUGAGGUUUUCGUUGGUGGAUUGUUGGGCUUCAUGCUUAUUUUCUUAUGUAGUGCAUGGACCUGUGCUGCAGUUGGCCGAACUGCUCAGAAGGUUGUUAAGGAAGUAAGAAGGCAAUUUAUUGACAGGCCUGGUAUCAUGGACUACAAGGAGAAACCAGAUUAUGGUCGCUGUGUUGCUAUUGUGGCAUCUGCAUCUUUGAGGGAGAUGAUAAAACCGGGUGCUUUGGCUAUAGUAUCACCAAUUGUAGUUGGUUUUCUAUUCCGAGUUUUGGGACACUAUACAGGACAACCUCUCCUCGGAGCAAAAGUUGUGGCUGCUCUUUUGAUGUUUGCAACAGUUUCGGGUAUUUUAAUGGCUCUCUUUCUGAACAAAGCUGGUGGUGCCUGGGAUAAUUCAAAGAAGUUUAUCGAGAUCGGAGCUCUCGGUGGUAAAGGCAGCGACGCCCACAAAGCAGCAGUUACUGGAGACACUGUGGGAGAUCCAUUCAAAGACACAGCCGGACCUUCACUUCAUGUGCUCAUAAAAAUGAUUGCUACCAUUACACUUGUAAUGGCGCCUGUGUUUCUCUGAAAGACUUA